AUGGCUGUCCGGGACCCAAGCACCAAAUCCAACUACGGGGAUUGGCGCACUAAGCACACCACCGCUAACUUCACCCUCGACUUCGACGCCAAGCGUCUCAAGGGGUCCGUCGUUCUCCAACUCGAGUCUCAGACCGAUAAGGAGAGCACCGAGGUUAUUCUUGACUCGAGACAUGUCAAGGUCUCCUCCAUCAAUGUCAACUCAGUCGAGUCCCGGUGGGAGCUGAAGCCCCAUUCUGAACCCCUCGGUGCCCCUCUGCAUAUUUCCGUCCCUGGAGGCGCUCCCAAGGGCGAGAUUAUCAAUUUGACUAUUGAUCUGGAAACGACUGAGAAAUGUACUGCCCUGCAAUGGCUUACGCCUGCGCAAACUUCCAAUAAGAAGCACCCCUACAUGUUCUCUCAGUGCCAGGCUAUCAAUGCCCGCUCCAUAUUCCCCUGCCAAGAUACACCUGACGUCAAAUCUCCCUUUACGUUCAAUUUGACUUCCACUCUGCCCGUGGUAGCUAGCGGUGUUCCUGUCGGGGAUCAUGAAGCAACCCCUGGCGUGUCUAAGCUGUACAAGUUCGAGCAAAAGGUCCCCAUCCCUUCGUAUCUCUUUGCCGUUGCCUCCGGUGACAUUGUCACCGCACCGAUUGGUCCGCGAUCCGUCGUCGCCACCGGCCCAAAUGAGCUCGAAGGCUGUAAGUGGGAGCUCGAACGAGACAUGGAGAAGUUCAUGGAGGUUGCUGAGAAGCUUGUCUUCCCCUACAAGUGGGGGGCCUAUAAUGUGUUAAUUCUCCCCCCCAGCUUCCCUUACGGAGGGAUGGAGAACCCCAUCUAUACAUUCGCUACACCAACUAUCAUCAGCGGCGACCGUCAAAAUGUUGACGUGAUUGCCCACGAGCUCAGCCAUAGCUGGAGCGGUAACCUGGUUUCCAAUGCCAGCUGGGAGCAUUUCUGGCUCAAUGAAGGCUGGACUAUGUAUCUUGAACGCCGUAUCCAAGCUGUAAUUCAUGGCGACGCCGAGUUUGAUUUCUCCGCCAUCCUUGGCUGGAAAGCCCUCGAGGACGCUGUGAAGCACUUUGGUGCGGAUCAUGAGUACACUAAACUGAUCAUUAGCCAUGAUAACGUCGAUCCCGAGGAUGUAUACAGCACCAUCGCUUACGAAAAGGGCUUCCACCUUGUCUAUUACCUUGAACGAGUAGUCGGCCGCCCCAACUUCGAUAAGUUCAUUCCCCAUUACUUCACGAAGUGGUCGGGAAAGUCCCUUGACUCUUUUGAGUUCCGUGAUACCUUCAUGGACUUUUUCAACAACCUUGGCGAUGAGGAGAUCAAGCUUAAAAUUAAGGACAUUGACUGGGAAGGCCGACUCUACACUCCGGGUCUCCCACCCAAACCUACUUUCGACACUAGUUUAGCCAACCAGUGCUAUGAGUUGGCUGCCAAGUGGGAAGAUGAUUCCUUCGAACCAAGCGCCAAAGAUGUCGAAUCCUUCACUGGGAACCAGAAGCUCGUCUUCCUUGAGACGAUCCAGCAGCAGCAGAAAGCUUUAAGUGCGGAAAGGGCGAAACUACUCGGCGAUGUGUACGAGUUCACGACCUCGCAGAAUGUCGAGCUCAAAUCGGCCUACUAUGUCAUCGCCAUGAAAGCUUCAGACUCGUCUUCCUACGCUGGUGUUGCCGGACUUCUCGGACAGGUUGGCCGCAUGAAGUUUGUCCGACCUCUGUUCCGCGAGCUGAACAAGGUCGACCGCGAGCUUGCACUAGAGACAUUCAAGAAGAACCAGGACUUUUACCACCCCAUCUGCAAGGGCAUGGUAGAGAAGGAUUUGGGCCUCAAGGCAUGA